AUCAAAGAAAAAGCAGCUAUGGCAACACCAGCGCUUGAGGCUUGAAGAGGGAGUCGAGCUGAAAGAGGUAUCAUUUUUCUCAUGGAAGAAUACCCAGUUACUCAUGAUGGCAUUUGCACCUCCAAAAAGCAUGGAUAGUCCCAAAAUGCAGACAAAGAUGAGUACCUGGACACCCUUAAACCACCAGCUUUUAAAUGACCAGGUAUUUGAAGAAAGAAGAGCUCUGCUUGGAAAAUGGUUUGACAAAUGGACAGACUCUCAAAGGAGAAGAAUCCUGACAGGCCUGUUCGAACGCUGCUCCCUGUCACAGCAAAAGUUCUGCUGUCGAAAGCUUCAGGAAAAAAUUCCAGCAGAAGCGCUGGAUUUUACUACCAAGCUUCCGAGGGUGUUAUCCUUAUACAUCUUUUCCUUCCUGGACCCCCGAAGCCUUUGCCGUUGUGCACAGGUGAGCUGGCACUGGAAGACCUUAACUGAGCUGGAUCAGCUCUGGAUGCUCAAAUGUUUACGGUUUAACUGGUACAUCAAUUUCUCUCCAACUCCCUUUGAGCAGGGAAUAUGGAAGAAGCACUACAUUCAAAGGGUGAAAGAACUUCACAUUACCAAGCCUAAGACCCCUCCGAAAGGUGGAUUUGUGAUUGCUGAUGUUCAGCCAGUUGCAGGCAGCUCUCCAGAGGGAAAGCAGUCUCCUUCACCAGCCUUCCGACCUUCUUCCUCUUUGAGAAAGAAGAGUCGCCCGGGGGAGAAAGAACUGCCACCCUGGCGAUCCUCUGACAAGCAUCCGACUGAUAUCAUUCGCUUCAAUUACCUGGACAAUUGUGACCCCAUCGAGCAGAUUUGGAGAGGAAGGAAGAAAAGGCAUGAAAUGACCCCAGAUUCCAGCCGGCAGACACAUGAUAAGAAAAAUAAAUUGCAAGACAGAUCUAAGCUAAGAAAAGCACAGUCACUGCUGUCCCUAAGUGCAGAACCCAGCUCCCCUCUGCAAGUUCCAGCUCGUCCCGCCUGGCCUCCCCACCAGGGGGCGGGGCUCCCCGCCGCCGGGGCGGCGGCAGCAGCAACGCCAGCUCUCGCGCAGAGCAUCUUCAGAGGCACUCUGGCCUUCGGUCGUUACCCAUCCAGGCUCCGGAACUGAAGCUGAUUUAAAGGUGUGAAAAGAUUUUUAAAGGAACGACAAGACGCUCCACGCCUUGAAGCGUCGAUGUUAUGUGGCUUCUCUAUUAGAAACUGUCCGCUUAGGUUCCUUAUUGUGAAAGUGAGUUCUACAGUGUUUAGCAAAAGGUAUUCAUGGCAUAAAUGUUGAUGUAUUUACAGACGUCAGUGGAAAUGUGGUGGUGGCUACCAUGGGGUUGAUAAGGGGCCGUGCGAUAGCCCCGGUGGGUUGAUAAGGGGCCGUGCGAUAGCCCCGGUGGCGGUAUUGGGCGUAGGAGGCAGGGUCCCCCACUGAUACCCUCAGCACACUCCCAAGGCUGCUUGAGCAGUUUAAUGAUGGGGCUGUUGCCCUGGUGUCUUAACUUGCUAGGCCUUCCAAAACAAAGUACCAUUGCCUUCGUCCUUUCCGGCUGCUGUAACAAAAAGCCUUGGGGGGGUGGGGGUG